AUGCAGGUGUCACAAAUUGGAACUAUGUUUCUCAAUUGUUUGGGCAUGUGCUGUUCCAAGCUCACAACUAAUACAAAUUCAUCUCGGAGACAGUUUCCAACGGUGAUAGAAGAGCUCUGCCAUCGAUUUUCUCUAACCGAUCUUAGGAAAUCCACCGACAACUUCGAUGAAAACAGAGUAAUAGGAGGUGGGUUAUUUAGCAAAGUAUACAAAGGCAAUCUACAACAUAACGGUGUUUCUGAUUACGUAGUGGCAAUAAAGCGAUUUAAUGAACAUGGAUGUGAAGCGUUCAAGAAGGAAAUAGAAGUGCUAUGCCAGCUUCGUCACCCUAGAUGUGUGUAUCUUAUAGGAUUCUGCGACCACCAAAAUGAGAAGAUUCUUGUAUAUGAGUACAUGUCCAAUGGAUCUCUAGAUAAACACCUUCCAGGUGGGAAACUGUCAUGGAAGAAAAGGGUAGAGAUAUGCAUAGGCGUAGCACGUGGACUACACUAUCUUCACACAGGAGCCAAGCGCUCCAUCUUUCACUGUAUCCUCAGAGCCAGUACCAUUCUCUUGGAUGACAGUAUGGAGCCAAAACUCGCAGCUUUCGGUCUCAGCGUACAGGGACCACGAUUCAAUCCAAAGCCUCAGCCGAAACAGAUUAAUGGAGAUCACAUUAUCGGUCUUGUUGGCUACAUGCCUGUGGAGUACGUGAUGGAUGGCACCGUCACAGAUAAAUGGGAUGUUUUCUCAUUUGGAUUGAUUCUACUACUAGUUGUGUGUGGAAUGAAUUAUUUAGGAAUCGUAACAGAAAGGGGAUUUCUGAAGCCUAUUGAGGAAAUGAUUGAUCCGAACAUCAAAGGAAAGAUUGCGCCAGAGUGUUGGGAAGUCUUUGUAGGUAUCAUGGUCAGAUGUUUGGAGUAUGAACAAAAUGAGCGACCAGCAAUAGGCGAAGCGGAGGUGGAACUUGAGCAUGCUCUUUCUGCUUGGAAGGGAGUCUUUUUUAGAUGUAGUAUACCUUCUCGAGGAGCUCUUCUUGAGGGAUAA